AUGGAUGCAGCUCUCCUUUUUCCGGAAACUAACUUAUCUUCCCUCCCUCCUUCUGAACCAAACCCCACGAAUAAACACUCUGCACCUCCUAAAUCCUUUGCUAAUGUCGUAGCCGAUAACGUUUGCGACAUACCCCUUAGUCAGUUCCCCCCAGCGUGUGUCAAAGGAGACAGGCUUGCGAUAACAAUUCCUGAGGAGGAAUAUGCUCUUGGUGUGGAAGCUUGCAAACACCAUCUUCAUGGCAGAAUCGUCUGGUCCAAAGGCUCUGCCCCACUUACUGUCGCGUCCUUGAAAGCUAAGCUCUUGCAGCUGUGGCCUUCUAUAGGCAAGUGGGGAAUCACCUCCCUGGGAAAAGGUUUUUUUGAAUUCGCAUUCUCCACGCUUGAAGAUGUUCAACGUGUGAGAUCGGUGAGCGCUUGGAAUCUAUCCCACGGUGUUCUCAAACUUUUUCCGUGGACUAAAGAUUUUACUCCAGCCACUUUGAAACAAACCUCUGCUCAAGUUUGGAUCAGAAUCCACGGACUUUCCCAAGAAUACUGGAGACCAAGAAUUAUCUUUGCCAUAGCUAGUAGUAUUGGAACACCUAUUUGCAUAGAUUCUGCCUCUAACAAAUCAGCCUUUGAUCGACCGUUUGGUCACUUUGUGCGUGUGCUCGUGGAUUUGGACAUGUUGAAGGAGCAAACCUUCAAAGUCCUUGUGGAAAGGAUUGGCUUUGCGUUCUUCGUGGAUAUAGAAUAUGAAAAACUGCCAGAGUUUUGCAAUCAUUGCUCCUGUAUUGGUCACUCCAUUGAAAACUGCAAAAGAAAGGAAAUGUCUAAGGAACAGGAUAAGAAUACCAACUCUAAGAAAAUUGUGGGAAAGCAAAUCUACAUACCUAAGAAAACACCAAUUGUGGACAAACCUGUUGGUUCUCCUGAAGUAAAUGAAGACUCUAUCACUCCAACCAUUCAGGUGGAGCAUGCUGCUGAAACCUCUAACCCUAUCAAUGUCAGGCACAUUGAGCCAACCAUUGAGGGGGACAAUAGGGAUGAACCCAUACAUCUUUCCUCUCAGGAAGAAGAAGGUAAAUCUGAUAAUGAAUAUGUGGAUGCCACUCAACUAGUGGAAUUUGUCCCUGAAACUCAAAUAGACCCGGCGAUUAAGGAACAGGUCACUAAUUUCUUGCAUGAAGCUUGGGCAAACAUGGCUGAGCACGAUCAGAAUGAUGACAAUGGUGUGGACAUAUUUCCAGAUAAGGAUUUUCAGUUAGUCUUAAACAAAAAAAAGAGAAACAAAAAGGCCCUGACCUUAAGCCAAACUAGACCUAGGUCUAGUCUUAACAAAUUGUCUCUAUGA